AUGUGCCACCUCAUGAGGGCGUCUUUGCUGGCAUGGUCAUUCCUUUCUCUCCUUUCCAUCCCGACGUGGGCUACCUCCGCCGGUGAUGCUUCUCCCAAGCACCAUCUCGCGAAGAGGGAUGGCUCGACCGAGCCCAAGUCGACUCUCUUCAAUGGCAUCGAGGUUCCGCCUAUCAGGUCUUUGACCCCUGAUGAUUUCGACGAAACCGUCAAGGAUGGUUACUGGUUUAUCAAAGAGUACUCUCCGUCAUGUCCGCACUGUCAAAAGAUUGCGCCAACUUGGCAGACACUCUAUGAGUUCUACUAUACCUCGGAUCCUCUGUCCUCGUCCUCUGGAAAGUCGUCCGAUACCAAGUCCCUGAACUCUUUCGAUAAAUUCUACAACUUUCACUUCGCCGAGGUAAAUUGUCUUGUGUACGGGGACCUGUGUCGCAAGUUGGAGGUGAAAUACUUUCCCACCUUCGCUUUGUAUCACAAUGGCGAGAUGGUUGAGCAAUUUACGGGAAAGAAGAGUAUGCAAGGACUGAGUGAGUUUGUCGAAGAGAAGCUGGAACAGAUCAAACCUGGCUCUCGACCUGCGCAAGGUUUGAACCUGCCCAAGCCGGGCGAUACAAGCGUUGAUACCAAAGCUCAACCCGAUGCCCCUGUCGCUAAGGACAAAGACCCUGAAGCUGGCGCUAAGGCUGGAGAGAAGCACAAUGAGCAGGCCGCGCAGCUUGCCUCUAGUGAUGCUCCUGUUGCCAAGGAUGCCGCGCAGACCAAGGCUAAGCCAUCCGGUCCAGUGAAUCCUCAGGGCAUAUCUGUCCCUCUUACGGCGGAAAGCUUCCAGAAGCUUGUUACUACUACGCAAGACCCUUGGUUCAUCAAGUUCUACGCUCCUUGGUGCGGUCACUGUCAGGCAUUGGCUCCUAAUUGGCAAGAAAUGGCCAGAGAGAUGCAGGGUACUCUCAACGUCGGCGAAGUAAACUGCGAUGUCGAGACUCGACUUUGCAAGGACGCCCGAGUGAAUCAAUUCCCGACGAUUUACUUCUUCCGUGGCGGUGAACGGGUUGAGUACAAUGGUCUGCGUGGUCUGGGUGAUCUGGUCAAUUAUGCCAACAAGGCCGUGGAGAUCGGCUCCGGCGUGCAGGAUGUGGACGCUACCACUUUCAAGGAACUGGAAGAGAAAGAGGACGUCAUCUUCCUCUAUUUCUACGACCACGCAACGACUUCUGAGGACUUUAAGGCUCUUGAACGUCUGACUCUUAGCUUGGUCGGACAUGCCAGACUAGUCAAGACUAACAGCGGCGCCCUUGCUGAAAGGUUCAAGAUUUCUACCUGGCCUCGUCUUUUGGUGUCCCGGGACGGCCGCCCAAAUUACUACAACGCACUCGCUCCCAAGGAUAUGCGGGACUUCCGGCAAAUCCUGGGAUGGAUGCGGUCUGUUUGGCUGCCUAUUGUCCCUGAAGUUACGGCAUCCAACGCUCGUGAAAUUAUGGAUGGCAAAUACGUUGUACUAGGUAUUCUGAGCCGCAAGCACUCGGAUGAGUUCCUGCAGUCUAAGCGAGAGCUAAAGAAUGCGGCCCAUGAAUGGAUGGACAAGCAGGUUCAGCUGUUCCAGCUGGAGCGCGCCGAGCUGCGGGAUGCUAAACAAUUGCGGAUUGAAGAGGCCGAGGACCGCAACGACCAGCGUGCGCUUCGGGCUGCUAAAAACAUGCGUAUCACCAUCCGCGAGGACGACAAGAAGCAGGUCGGUUUUGCUUGGGUUGAUGGUGAUUUUUGGGAGCGGUGGCUACGGACUCAGUUUGGUAUCGAUGUGGAGAACGGAGAGCGUGUCAUUAUUAACGACCAAGAUAACCGCCGCUACUGGGAUACGUCCUCCAGCGGAGCAUCCAUUAUGGCCUCUCGCACUUCGAUUCUCGAAACUAUACCUCUUGUGGUUUCCAACCCUCCUAAGCUCACACCCAAGUCUACCAUUGGCACUUUUGAGUCGAUCUUCUUCUUCACUCGUUCUUUCAUUAGCGGGCAUCCGAUUUUGUUCGUCAUAAUCUUGAUCCUGUUCAUUGUCGGUGCCACAUUCGUGGCUCGAGGCAGAGCGGCGAGACGCGGAGGUCGAGGCGGUAUUCUCGGUGUUACUGGGAACUCUAGCGGAGGUUUCUUCAACCUCGAUGGCAAGGAAGGACUCUUGAAUGGUGGUUCCACGGGCAAAGUUUUCUCUCAGACUCUUCGCCGCGCUGCGGCUCAGAACGCCGGUGGCUACCGUUCCCCCUUCGGUCCCAAGUACUCGACUCCCCUUCACUGGCACGGUCUUACCACCCGGUCCGCUGUCACUGCUGGUACCAUUGCCAGCGGCUUCGGUGUCAGCGCUGGUGUCUUCCUUCUGUUCUUCUUCGGCGAGGUUCCCCGUGUCCGCCGUGAUAUCCUCCAGAAGGUCCCCUUCCUCGAUGAGUACUUUGACCGCACCAUCGCCCCCGAGGACAACCCCUUCUAA